GCAUGCGCGAGGGUAAACGCAUUUUGGUUUCUAUGGAAAUUACACAAGACGCUUUAUGUCUGCCGUGGGGGUUGAUUCACAGCCUCUAGUCCCGCUACAGAAAGUUCGAGCCUUCACCAAACGGAAAUCUAACCUGCAGAUUGACAUUGACAUCGAGAAAAACCGGAAAAACAAAGGACACGGCCUAUUCGGUAGAAGCUUUAUACGUAUUUCCGGUAUUUCCGGUGAGCUAGGCAGCAGAUGCGUGGUUACAGACAGGACCAUCCAAAUCGCAUUUCCUGACGACUCGGCAAUCCAUACUCUUAACCUAAUCUACAACAACGAGGGGCAACCAAAUAUCCCGGAGGUCCAUCGUGACGGCGUUUAUCGUCUGCUCACAAAUCAGCGCCAUGAUUUGGUGCAUGUAGCCCCCAUAGAUUUAACGGAAGCGCCCGAAAUACUCAAGGACAUAAAAGACGGACAAUUUGAUCUCGUUGCCUCAGCAAAGUCAAAAGAUAUAGCACGAAAUUCCCUAAAAUUUGACGACAGGCGCACUGAAAGUCUUACGCUUUCAUCAACCACUGAUUUCCCACCGAAACCCGAACUCCAACUGCUGCGAAUAUGGCGGACUGGUGAAUUUUAUACGUUUAAUCACCAGACCGGCCAAGUUAACAAACUACAGGAGAAAAACGCCGGGCGGUUCGGAACGCUCACGAAGGCCGUCGAGAAGUUUCGAGUGCUUCCGGGCAUCGAAACGUGGAACUUCAACCUCGACGAUACUGCGACGUUUUACAAGAAGUAUCUCAUACAGGAGGAUUUAGAGAGCAGAUUAGAGAAACCGAAACCGUUGAAGUUCAGCAAGAAUCCUCAGUCGUUUCCGGAGAUCCAAGACUCCCGGAAGAAGCUUCAUAGGGCCUGGAGCUUCACCUCUGAUACCGGGCCGACCAAGGAUACAUUUGCAGAGCGGGCGCUGCAAGGCAAAGUUCCAUUACAGAGAAGUUUAACAGAUCGAGGUCAACGCGCCCGUCUCACUCGCUCUAACGUACUACGGCACGAGUUUCACCUUUCGAGAAAACCACUGCCAUCUAUAGAUCAUCGUCUAGAAGAGGAAAUGGAGAAGGGAAAAGUUUUUAACGCAGACGAUGCUUUACAGGAGGACAAUCUCAAGUGUCCGGUCUGCAAGAACUAUUAUGACACACGUGAGCGGAAUCCCCACAUCCUCCACUGCCUGCACAGUACGUGUCACGCGUGCCUCCAGUCACGUGUGCGCGCCGAGAUGAUCCAGUGUCCCGUUUGUAGCGAGGUGCACGAGGUCCCCAACAACGACCUGCAAGUCCGCAACCGCACUUCGGAGAUCGGCUGCGACAGCUGCGACCCGCGCAACCGGGCGACGCACCGCUGUAAAGAAUGUGACGAGUUCUUGUGCGGGGUCUGCACGGAGGCCCAUAAGCGCACCAAGGUCACAAAGGCGCACAACGUGCUCAACGUUGAUUCGCUCAGGAGACUGACCCUGGACGAGUUCCAUCACAAGCGCACGUGCCCCGUGCCCGACCACGAGGACCAGCACUUCAGCUUCUACUGCUACUCUAAGAACUGCGACCUGCCCAUCUGCUCCCUCUGUGCCGUCAACGAACACAACAAGGCGGACGGUCACGACAUCCGCAACAUCAAUGACGUGUAUUUGGAAAACAAGCGCGUGGUUGGUAUGUGA